AUGCGGGGCGCUGGGCCGGGGGAGAGGGCGCGGGAAGCCCGGGAGCCUGUGGCCGAGUGCAGGGCGGCGUACGAAGCGCUCAACAGGUUCACUGCGAGCUACAGGCAGUUGGUGUUGGGAGUGGGCAGCUCGGCGGACGGGAGGAGGCUGCGCCGAGCUCUGGAGGAGAGCGGCCGCAGGGGCUUCGAGCUGAGUCUGGGACUACGGAACCAGCUUUUGGCCGAGCUUGCAGAACCAGGGGGCACGCAGGAAGAAGAGGUGAAGAUGGAGCUGGAGAGGAUCUGGGUGCUCUGUCUGUCUGCCCUGGAAAUUUUCCUGCAGGAUCUGGGUCGGGCCCAUGACCUCAGCCAGCUUUUCCCCUUGCCAUCUCUGGCCUCAGGGACCCUGUUGGUCAACACUGGAGUUACAUCCUUUGGGCCCAAGGGAUGGAGCCUGAGACGGCCCAGUGGGAAGGCCUCCGAAAGAGCUAGGGAGCUGCCUGAAGAGCUGGCCCAAUGGGGGCAACGCCUGGAAGAGAUGCUCGUGGAGAUGGAGACCAAAGUCAAUGUACCUGUGUGGAGUGUGGAGGCCACAGUGGGUGGUCCUGGAGCUGAAGAACCUAGCCUUGAGGGCUCGGCUGGGAGGAGUCCUCGGGGAUGCUGUGGCCAGGCUCCAUUCAGACUUCAAUCUCAUUGCAUAGUGGCAUGAAGGAAUCUAGGGCUAGUGCAGGGACAUCUCCCCCCCUCCCCUUGAGAGGUCAGUAGAUCUUCUACACCAGGGGAACCACUUUCAAUGUAAGGCUAAGUCACGUUCUUUCCCAGUUCAAAUCCCAGCAGGAUGUGUGAUGACCAGGGAGGCAUUAGAAGAGAGAAAUAACUCUCUUACCCCAAGAGUGAGGCCGAAGUGUAGCUACAAAGACAGAACAGCUGGGAGGCAAGAUAAUAGUGAAGAAACAAACUACAUAGUAGAGGACUCAGGUUCUAGGUCCCUUGAUUUAGCUAUGUCUAGUUUUCACUUUCCCCAUCUAUGGUAAAGGAUUGGUUUGGAUGAGCUGAUCCAGUUCCAGGAUUCUUUCUAAUUCAAAACAUUCCAUGGCUUAUGUUGUAAUGUCUUCCCUAGCUCUGCCACUGUACACUGCUUGCUAGAGAGACUAGCCCAGACCCUGGGGAAUUGUUUCCUCUAGGACGAGGCUCAGCUUACAGCUCCUUAGUUCCCCAUCCUGCCUCUACAGAGCCAAACAACACAGUAACAGCUUAAAAAAAAACAACAACAAAACUUUAUUUAUUUAUACAUUAAUGUUGAGGGCUGGACAAGAGUUUAAGAAAAAAAAGAAAAGGAAAACAGUCUAUGAAACACAGUGCUGUACAGAAAAGAGGAGAAGACAGGUUAUGAGGAAGGGAAAAAGAUACACACACACACACACACACACACACACACACACA